AUGCGGUGUGUCCUAUAUUCCAUCGCAUCAUUACUUCUCUUAGGCCUUGUCGAGUCAUCAUCAUUUACCUUCGAGCUUCCGGAUGGCGAGACUCGUUGCUUCUACGCUGUCCUUAAGCAGGAUGAACGCACCACAGUUGAAUUUCAGGUUACAUCUGGCGGGAAUUUUGAUAUUGACGUAACGCUUCGAGAUCCCACAACAAACCCAGUAAAGGUUCUCCAACGUGAGCAAUACGACUACUUUGAUUACACCGCCAGAAUGGAGGGAGAACACGAGCUAUGCUUUAGUAACGAGUUCUCAUCGGUCACCCACAAAGUAGUCUACAUGAAUUGGGACUUGGAGUCGGAGAAGGCGGAUCCACUUGGAGAUGCACCAGUGAACAUGGUGGACAGCAUAAUAUACACCAUCCAUGAAAACCUCAGAAACGCUGCAGCAGCGCAGACAAGGGUGCGUCUGCAGGAGGCCACCUCGCGCAGUUUCGUAGAGGCACUGAAUGAACGUGUCACCUGGGGCUCCCUCAUCCACGUUGCUGUCAUCCUCUUUGUCGCUGUGGGUCAAGUCUACCUCCUUCGCUCCCUCUUCAACUCACCUUCCAGUGCUGCUGCUGCUCUUCCCAGUCGGAAUAGGAUUAUUCCCACUGUGGGUUACUGA